AUCUAUGGAAGAACUCAAACGGUAGAAAUGGCAGAUGAUACAAAUGAAGAUAGUUGGCUGUAUGGUACUUCUAAUCCAGAUUCCACCACAAAUGAGGAAGAACGGAUAGGUGCUGAAAAUGCCAACGAUGAAGCCGGCAUGGAAAAAGUAAAUUCGCAAGAGUUGCUAAAAGCUGAAAAUGAAGCACUCGCAGCUGUAACCCAAGGUAAUGGUUUAAAUAAUUUGCCAGACAAAGAUGAUGGACCUCCCGGUGAAGAGUUAGCUGAUUUUGAAGAUCCUGCCCAUGAAAUGGAGGAGGACGAAGAGGCCACAGCAGCAGCUACUGUGGCCGAUACCACCGAUGGUGAUGAACAGGAGGAAACUAAGAAAAACGAUGAACAUUCGGAGGGAGACCAAGAUGAUGAUGCUGAAGAAGACGAUGAUGAUGAUGAUUCAGAUGAUGAUAUAAACGUUGUAAUAGGCGAUAUUAAAGCUGCGCCUAGUACUUAUAAUAUAAAUAAACGUUCGAAUCUGUUGGCUGGAGCUAGUAGUCAAGAAAAGUCCAAGUCUACUCAGGUAGGAAAAUUUUCUAUCGAAGAUUUUGAAGGAGUGGGUUCAAUUAAUGGGGUAGCUGCGCAUGAAUUCAGUAUAGAUUCUCUAGAAGAUAAACCAUGGCGCAAGCCAGGUGCUGAUAUAACAGAUUAUUUCAAUUAUGGUUUUAACGAGGAAACUUGGAGAUCAUAUUGUGAACGCCAAAAGAGAUUUCGUGUUGCUGAGAGUGGUGUCGGAUUGGCUAGUUUGACUCAAAACUUGAACCCACAGCCGGAAAGACAAGCAGAUGGAAAUAUACCUACAGGUCCACCUCCUGGCAUGAUGCCGUCUGGUCCAAUACCUAUGGGACCAUUAGGAGAACAGAUACAAAUGCCACCUCCAGGUAUGAUGCCACCAACCGGUAUGCACCAAGCACCCCAUCAGGGAAUUCCUCCCAGAUUUGCAUCUAUACCCAGAGGCCCACGACCUGUGAGUCAACCGGGAACAAAAGAAAAUGCUAUCCAAGUUAUGACAGCAGAAUGUCGCGAAUAUUCAAGACCUGGCCAAAUGCCACCAAAUUUUGGUGCUCAAGGUCCCGGGGAAGAAGCAUUCUUUCACGAACCUGAGCCCUUUGAUUAUGGAUAUGAACCAACACAGGAUUCACAGUGGGGUGGUGACAAUCCAAAUUGGGUACCUAGUGGUAUAAAAGAAUUAACACCAGGACCAGGAAAUUCUGGACCUCCACAACAAAUGUCUGGACCUCCAGGAAUUUUACCGACUCCAAUGGGUGUACCACCACCUCAGAUGGGUGGGCCGCCACCGCAAUUGCGACAUCCCCAUCCGCAACCACCAAUGAUGGGUGGAAUGCCACCACCAAAUAUGGGAAUGGGACCACCUCCAUUAGGAAUGAUGAUGGGACCUGGUGGUCCUGGAGGUCCUCCAAUGCAUAUGUCAAUGGGACCGCCACGAAUGAUGGGCCCAAAUGGCCCUCCUGAUCGUUCAGAAGACGAACGUGAACGAAGACGCCGAGAAAGAGAAUGGGAACGUGAAAGGGAUAGGGAUAGAGAUCGAGAGAGAAUGAGACGUGAACGUUCAAGGAGUCGGGAAAAGUCUCGACGGAGGUCAAAAUCUCGUGAAAAAGAGAGGGAAAAGGAUAGAGACAAAGAUCGUGAUAAGGAAAGGGAUCGCGAUAGAGAUCGAGAUCGUGAGAGGGAACGUGAUAGGGAAAGGGGUGAAAAAGUUGAAGACAGUGAACGCUCUGAUGACGAGCGUGAACGAAGAAGAAGAGACAGGGAUCGAGAGCGUGACCGUGACAGGGAUCGUGAACGUUCUAGACGUGAAAGAUCAAGAAGUCGGGAAAAAUCUCGUCGGAGAUCAAAAUCUCGUGAUAAAGAACGUGAACGUUCUAGUAAAACCGGUACAUCUUCUACAUCAUCGUCCUCUAGCCGCAGCGAUAAGAAAAAGUCUCACCGCAAAGAAGAUGAAGAGUAAAGCAACGUUGCACAAACAGAAAAGUCUUCAAACGAAAAAAAAAUCUUUUCCAACUAACAGUCGUAGUAUUUUUCUAACUGCGAAAAUUUUAUUUAACAUAAGAAAAAGUAAAUUGAAAUGUACAUAAUUUUUUUAAAUAUAAAUAAAAAUUAUACUGUGCAAAACUCAAAGUCCUACCAAGGUAUACAUAAAUACAUAUACCGCUUAAAACGCGAACGGACUUACUAACAAAUAA